AUGCCAGUCGAAAGGCCGAGUGCGUUCUCGGGCAAUAAGCGGCCCCACAAUCAGUUGGGGCUCGUUCCGGCGAAGAAAUUGAAGCCAGAAGGAGGACAGCUUGUUGUGCAACAGGAAGAAAAGAAGAUUGAUGGACCGCGUCAUAUGCUCCGAUAUACUGGUCCGAUCAACAGAGCUCUGGUUGAACAAGGCGUCGAUAGAACUUCCUCUUUGCUUGCUCCCAUCAUGUUGCUCGAAGGACAUGAAGGAGAAAUCUACUGCGGAAAAUUCUCUAAAGACGGGAAAUCUUUCGUCUCUGCCGGGCACGAUCGUCACAUUAUGUACUGGGAUGUUUUCGGCGAGUGCUUGAAUUAUCAUCAGAUUCCAAAUGCACACAAGGGUUCGAUUUUGGAUCUGCAAUUUGGCCAGGAAGGGGAGCACUUCUUCACCGCGUCGAGUGACAAUACAGUUGGAAUGUUUGACUUUAAAGCUGGCCAGAGAGUCAAGCGAAUGAAAGGACACCAAGGAAUCGUCAAUGCUGUUCAUGCUGCAAGACGAGGAGAUCCGCUUGUUGUAUCAGCAUCUGAUGACUGUUCGAUUAAAAUUUGGGACACGAGAAGAAAGGGAUUCAUUGACGACUUGAAGUGUCGAUAUCAAAUGACUUCUGUGACGUUCAACGACACUUCUGAUCAAGUCAUUUGCGCAGGAAUCGAUAACGUUGUCAAGAUUUAUGAUAGAAGAACCAAGCGGGUUUGCACGAAUAUGAAAGGCCACAACGACACAGUAACAUCACUUGCACUUUCGAAUUGCGGCUCGUACGUUUUGUCGAAUUCGAUGGAUAAUACUUUGAGAGUUUGGGACGUGAGACCAUUUGUCGCCAAAGAGCGAAUGGUUAAAAUGUUCAUGGGCCACAAGCACAACUUUGAAAUGAACCUGCUCAAAUGCGCAUGGAGUCCUGAUGAUUCGAAGAUUACUUGCGGUUCUGCGGAUAGGUACGUCUACGUUUGGGACGUUAACUCCCGCUCGCUCCAGUACAAACUUCCUGGUCAUAUGGGAUCUGUGAACGAUGCUCAAUUCUACCCUAACACCAAAGAACCAAUUAUUGCUUCUGUGGCAUCCGACAAGGCAAUUUACUUAGGAGAAAUUCAACCAUCUCAAGCUUGA